AUGGACCCGCCACCAAAGGCCCUCGAAGCCGGUGUGGCCACUUACCCUCCCUAUGAUGACGACCUGAAGACAGCAGGAGAGGUCGACAAUUUGCCCAAUUCGGAGACUCAUCGUGGUUUGAGCUCCCGACAUAUCCAGUUCCUGGCCCUGGGUGGUUGUAUCGGCACUGGUCUGUUUGUUGGAAGUGGACAGACGUUGUCAACGGUUGGUCCUGCCCCGUUACUCAUGGGAUACAUUGUCAUGUCAACUGUUGUGUAUUUUGUCAUGAAUAUGCUGGGUGAAAUGACUACUUAUCUCCCCGUGCGCGGUGUCUCUGUGCCAUACCUGAUCAACCGUUUUACCGAGCCCAGCCUAGGCUUCGCCAUUGGAUAUAACUAUUGGUAUUCCUUUUCAAUGCUGACGGCAUCGGAAGUUACGGCGGCUGGGCUUGUUAUCCAAUACUGGCCGUCUUCAGUCAGCGUUGGAGUAUGGAUUGCGAUCGUGUUGUUCGUGAUCCUUUUGCUCAAUAUCGUUGCUGUCUCCUGGUACGGCGAGGCAGAGUUCUGGUUUGCCUCUCUGAAAAUCAUCGCCAUCAUCGGCCUCAUUAUCCUGGGAGUGGUACUUUUCUUUGGCGGCGGCCCCAACCAUGAUCGACUCGGAUUCCGAUAUUGGCAGGAGCCCGGUGCUUUCGUCGAACCGUAUCUUGUGCCUUCAAACGUCAACACUGGUCGUUUCCUCGCCUUCUGGACUGCUAUGAUCAAAUCUGGAUUCUCAUUCAUUUUUUCUCCGGAGCUGAUUACCACCGCCGCCGGCGAGGCCGUCUCGCCCCGUCGUAACAUUCCCAAGGCCACCAACCGGUUUAUCUAUCGUCUCUUUGCAUUCUAUGUGCUAGGAAGCUUGGUCAUCGGUGUCACUGUAGCAUACAACGAUAAGAACCUUCUGCAGGGCGUUGCUAGUGGCGGAUCCGGCGCUGGCGCUAGUCCCUUCGUGAUCGGCAUUCAGAAUGCAGGCAUCAAAGGCCUGAACCACGUUAUCAACGCUGCCAUCCUCAUUUCCGCCUGGUCGUCCGGUAACUCAUGGGUCUAUGCUGGAUCACGGACCUUGUAUUCUCUCGCUCGCGAAGGCCAAGCCCCGAAGAUCUUCACUCUCUGUACCAAGAAUGGUGUGCCGUACGCCGCGGUCCUGGUCACCUGGUCUAUCGGUCUUCUGUCGUUUUUGAACCUGUCAAGCUCAGGCUCCAAUGUAUUUUAUUGGUUCACCAACAUCACUACAGUCGGCGGCUUUCUUUCCUGGGUUCUUGUCGGGAUCGCUUAUCUGCGCUGGCGCCGUGCUCUUGAGUUACAUGGACUUCUCGAUUCCCGACCAUAUAAGACCCCGUUCCAGCCAUGGGGAGCGUACUACGCUAUCGGAUUUGUGUCAUUGCUGGCGCUUACCAAUGGCUACGAGAUCUUCUUCCCGGGCUCUUUCACGGCCUCGGGCUUUCUUGUUUCCUACAUUGUAUUCGCUAUUUUCUUUGGGUUAUAUCUCGGCCACAAGAUCUGGUACAGGACCCCAUGGAUGGUACCUGCGCGCGAUAUCGAUAUCUUUUCUGGCAAAGACGAAAUUGACCGAAUGUGUGAGAAGGACAUUGAAAGGCUGCCUCGCAACUGGCUAGAGCGGGUGUGGUGGUGGAUUGCAUAA